AUGGCUAGCGCUAUCAAAAGGGUCGACAAGAUCCGCCAAAUCGUGCAGCUAAAGCAAGUGGUGAAGCGUUGGAAGUCCAUGAGCAUCGGUCGCCGGUCCGUUCUCUCCCACCCCGACUCGGACUCCGAAACCUACUCUAGCUCCUCCUCUGCCUCAGCCCGUCGCAUUCCGUCGGGAUUCCUUGCCGUAUACGUCGGGCCAGAGCGCCGCCGGUUCCUGAUCCCCACCCGGUUCCUCAACCUCCCGAUCUUCAUCUCCCUACUGAAGAAAUCCGAGGAAGAAUUCGGGUAUCAGCCGCACGGAGGGCUGGUGCUUCCGUGCGAGGUGGGUUUCUUCAAGAGGCUUCUGAAAGUUCUCGAGAAGGACGAGCAGAGGUUCCGGCAGAUGGAGUUGGACGAUUUCUUGAAUAUGUUUCCGGAUGUGGGUUUCGAGACCUGUAAGGAAGGGACGGAUACAUGCCUUGUUUUCACACCCUUGCUGCAGAAGGCCAGGGUUUGA